CUCUAUGACGUCGUCAUGACGCCGGAAGGGGAGGGGCCGGCCCUGACGGCGCCGCCCACGCGCCAAGAUGGCGCAGGCGCUGUCGGCCGAGGAGUUCCAGAGGAUGCAGGAGCAGCUGCUGCAGCUCCGCACUGAGAACUACCGUCUGUCGGACGAGCUGCGCAAGAACGGAGCCGAGCUGUCGGCGCUGCGGCAGCGGGUGCAGGCGCUGGACCGGGACCUGGCCAAGGCCAACAAGGCCCUCAGUAAGAGCAAGAAGGCGCAGGAGGUGGAGGCCCUGCUGGGGGAGACGCGGAUGCUGCAGGGGAAGCUGCAGAGCCAGGAGGAUGACUUCCGGCUGCAGAACAGCACCUUGCUGCGGGAGCUGGCCAAGCUUUGUGCACAGAUCGAGGGCCUGGAGCAGGAGAACCGGCGGCUACAGGAGGGGGGAGCCCCCGGACCCCCCCCAGACCCUACCCAGGAUGGGGCCGCUGGUGACAGUGGAGCUGCUUUGGCCCAUACCGAUGCCCCCCUGAACCCCCCCAAGGAGCCAGCACCAGCGGAAGAGGGGACUGGGACUGAUGCUCUCCCCCCAGAACCCCAGGCAGAGGUGGCCCAGCUGCAGGCAGAGGUGGCCGAGCUGAUGGAGAAGCUGCGGAAGCAGGAGAACAGUUCACUCCAGUUGGAAGCAGAGAAGGAGACGCUGCUCAGGGACCAGCAGCUGGAGCUGAAGAAGCUUCAGGCUCAGAAGGAUGAGGAAUUCCGGGAGCUGCAGACCCGGAUCCAGCGCCUGCAGCAGGAGCUGGAGGCUGCAACCAAGGAGGAGGUGGGGCUGCGGGAGCAGAGCGGAGCCCUGGCCCAGGACCUGCAGGAGGCUCAGGCACAGCGCGAUGCCCUCGACAGCCAACUGCAGGCCUGUGCAGAGGAGCGGGAGAGGCUGCGGCAGCGACUGAGUGAGGCUGAGGCUGCCUGGGGGGAGAGUGAGCGGCGCCGGCAGCAGACACAGGAGCAGCUGGAGCGGCGCGAGCAGGAGCAGGCGGCGGCCGAGCAGCAGCGGCUGGAGCUGGAGGGCCGUGUAGGGGAGCUGCGGGUGGCACUGGGGGAUGCCGAGCGGCACCGGGAGCUGCAGGAGGCCGAGGGCCAAGCUCUGCGCCAGGAGCUGAAGGACGUGCGGGACGGGCAGCGCAUCCUGGAGAAGAAGGGCAGUGCUGCGCUGAAGGACCUGAAGCGGCAGCUGCAGCUGGAGCGGCGCCGGGCUGACCGCCUGCAGGAGCGGCUGCAGGAGCUCCUGGCACCCACCCGUGCCCGCUCCGGGCUGGAGGAGCUGGGGCUCGAGGGGGGGUCCCCAGGACGGGGCCCGGGGGGGGACAGCAGCAGCCUGAGCUCCCUGGGCCGCGAUGGCUCCGCCCCCGGCAGCAUGAAGUCUGGCUCCGGCAGCCCCGGGGGGGGCAGCGGUGCAGGGGGGGUUCCCUGUGGGGGGGGCCUGUCCCCUGCAGAGGUGGCAGAGCUGUUCCAGCGCCUGGCCCAGAGCCAGCAGGAGCGGUGGCUGCUGGAGGAGAAGGUCCGUCACCUGGAGGUGAGCAGCGCCUCCAUGGCAGAGGAUCUGUGCCGCAAAAGCGCCAUCAUCCAGAGCUUCGUGCGUGACAGCCGCCUGGAGGCUGCAGGACCCUCGGGGCUGUCCCGCCGGGGGCCGGGGCCGGGGGAGGAGGAGCUGAGGGAGAUGAACAAGAAGCUCCAGAACCUGCUGGAGGAGCAGCUCACCAAGAACCUGCACCUGGGCCAGGACCUGGAGGCGCUGUCGCAGGAGCUCGCCCGGCUCAGGAAGGAGCGGGCGGCCCCCCCCGGCCCCCCGUGAGCCUCUCUGCAGGCUCCGCCCACAGCCACGCCCCCCGGUGGGCGGGGCGAGGUCACUUUCCCGGGAGAAAGCCCCUUUAAGAGGUGGGGCCCAUCGGUGGCGUUGCCGUUUUAAGGGGGCGGGGCCCGCAUGCGUCCCGCCCCUGCCCCCCCCCAAUAAACUCGCUUGAGCCGCUG